AUUCAUUCAAAUCCAGCUGUGCUGACGGGGAUGCGCUAGUGGUGUUGACGUCAGUCGUUAGGCGGUCACACAGAAUGCCUGUGUAGAAUUACGGCGAGCGCGCGUGCGUGUAUGUGUGUAAAUUUUGUCCAUGCUGCGCGCGACCGUUUGUUUUGCCUGGGUCAACACAUGAAGGACUUUAAUAUCAACACUGCACAAAGUACACACAGCGCUUACCGUAAAUAAAACGGUUCCCGCUGUUUGUGUGUGCGCGCGCGUGUGUAUCAUUGGCGUAUCCGCGCGACACCCCUCUCUCCACCUCCCGACGUCACCGCUCUCCAUCACUCGUUAAGGGCUCCGGCUACAACCAGCGCUCACACAGACGUACGCGCGCGCACAGCCGCUAGCCAGUAGGCUAACUACCGUUUCCUCUUUCCCUACCGGCGGUGCGGUCGUUGCGUUCAAAGUGUGUUCUCCCGGUGUUGUUAUGUGAAGACGUGACUCUCGUCGAAUAACGGAGAAUAUUUAUCUGCAUCUCUUCCUCGGCUGACCGGGAGCCGCCAUGGAAUGCCGCGUCCUGUCCAUACAGAGCCAUGUAGUCCGGGGAUAUGUGGGCAACAAGAGCGCCUCUUUCCCGUUACAGCUUUUAGGGUUUGAGGUGGACUCAAUCAACUCCGUCCAGUUCUCCAACCAUACAGGAUAUUCUCACUGGAAAGGUCAGGUCUUGACAGCAGAUGAGCUUCACGUUCUUUAUGAGGGGAUCAAACUGAACAACGUGCACCACUAUGACUAUGUUUUAACAGGGUACACCAGAGACACGUCCUUCUUGGAGAUGGUGGUGGACAUUGUUCAGGAGCUAAAGAGAGCCAACCCCAACCUGGUGUACGUGUGUGACCCCGUCCUCGGAGAUCAUGGAUCUAUGUAUGUUCCUCAGAAUCUUUAUCCCGUCUAUAAGAACAAGGUGGUUCCUGUUGCUGACAUCAUCACUCCUAACCAGUUUGAGGCUGAAUUAUUGACGGGGAAAAACAUCAGCACAGAGAAAGACGCUGUAGAGGUAAUGGACCUCCUCCAUGCGAUGGGCCCAGACACAGUGGUUAUUACGUCCUCUGAUCUUCCCUCUAGACUGGGAGACCGCUUCCUGGUGUCAUUGGGCAGCCAGCGUCAUGUUCGUCCAGAUGGCAGCAGGACAACACAGAGAGUGCGAUUAGAAGUUCCCAAAGUGGAUGCUGUGUUUGUAGGAACUGGAGACUUGUUUGCUGCUAUGUUGCUAGCGUGGACACAUCACUACCCCACUGACCUAAAGACGGCCUGUGAGAAAACGUUUUCAGUGAUGCAUCACGUUAUCCAGAGGACCAUAUCCUACGCUCAUGAGUUAGCAGGUCCUGGUCGGAGGCCCAGUCCGCCCCAGCUGGAGCUGCGGAUGGUCCAAAGUAAAGCUGACAUAGAAGAUCCUGCCAUAGUUACGGAGGCCACAGUCAUAUCCUAACGUUGCCCACCCAUAAGACUCAUACUAACCUCUCCAUCCAUAAAUCUCUCAGCUCCUGUAUCUCGGUAAAUCUCUCAUUACUGUAAACCUUGACUGUCAUUGCCUAACUUCAAUAACUCAUCAUCCAGACUCCUUAAACACCUUAGUAUUGUAAACCCUUUAGUCCUUUAACCCUUUGAAGUCCUCAGUGUCCUGAUCCCUAACUUAACCCUUAACCCUGUUUUGGAACCAGAGCCAUGGAUAGACAGAAGGUUUGGUCAGGGUAUCCGAGAGGACUUUGCAGCAGCUCUUUAGAAAUCUUUAGGGCUCUCCGGAUGACUCAGAUAGGGAACUUCCACAAGCACAAAAUGUCAUAUGUUAAGGUUAAUGAGAGUGAUGGCUUUAAAAAAAAAUCAUCCAGUAUUCAAUCAUCUGCACGACAGUGGAAUUGAUUUGGAGCUGGUAAACUGAGAUCUGGGCAAAAUUCACAACUGUUAUAGAAAACAUGGGAGAGGUUUUGUCCUUGGAGUGCUGCUAGGAUAAGUUAAUAGUCUUACCUCUGGUUUAAAAUAAUAUUUUACCUUUUUUAAGUUUCAUAAGACUUAUUAAUAAGUCUUUUCAAAAAGUUCUCAUGGAUAACUUGAUAACGAUCUCGGGUUUAGUUUCUGUGGCUUCUCUUCAGUCUGGCCUGGUUUUUUGCCCCUGUAGCCACACUGAAUAGUGAUGUCAGUGUAUUUGGAUGCACGUCAGUCUAUUCACAGUGACCCAGCUGCUGAAUAACAGCUCUCGCACAGAGUUAGACUGUAUUUGUGGUGUUAGUAAGGGUCAUGUGUACGUGCACAUGUAUGCACGUGCACAUGAAAAUAGGUGCACCCAUGCUUUCUUAAAAAAUAAAAAAAACAAUAAAGAAUGCAAACAUUUUCAUGGUAAAUAGCAAUAAUCAGCUGCAUCUACAGGCCAUCCUUGUUCUGCUCUGCAGUGAGCUCAGCGUAGGAGCAGUAGAAACAGUUCUCCACCUGCUGCAGGUUCUGAUUAUUUAUUAAAAAUUAUUUAAUUAGGAAAUGAUGUGAGAGUAUCUGAGUUUACUGGGACUAGAUGGCUACAUAAACCUUUCCCAACAAGUAAAGACAUGUAAACUCCACAAACUCCUGCAUGGAGUCAACUCCAGGUCCCUCUUGAUGUGAGAAAACAGUGUUGCCAAGGAUACGGCAGACCUCUGGGUCGAAGCUGAUUUUCAGAGCAGAACAAGAAUUACUGUCAACAGCUGACUUGGAGUACGCGUGACUGUGGGACGAGAUCUUUUUGGUGGAUGUAGUUGAGUAAUGGAACGUAUGAACCUACAUGGAACACAUCACGGAUCCUGGAUCUGGCGAGUAAGCCGGCUGAUAGAGGAAGAAAGGCUUAGAGGGUCAGGGUUAGGAGUGACUUACCUUUCAUCCAAAGAGCGAGGCAGUUGUCCACGGAUAAAAAUUGAAAAAUGAGUUGCAAAUUAUAACCAGGCAGGCCGCCCAACUAAAGUCUCUUUGUGGAACCACUGAACAAGUUCUCCAAAACUCUACCUCAAAAUUAUUAAACUUGCCUACUUUAUUGCUCUAUUACUGCCACCCUGUUAAACUGGCAUAUUCUGUUUAUUUCUGACAGUGUUGCACUCUAGAAGUGGUUCUCCACACCUGACGCCAAGUUGCAAGACUCUAAAGAUCAAACACUGUUUUUCUAUGGCUCUGCCCACCACACUUUUAAUCCCUUACCCGUCUUACAGCAGUGAUGUAAUGGUGACCAAGUUUAACCCCUGAGAUCUCUUGAAAAAUAUGAGAAAACAAACAAAAAAAAAAACGCACAAUGUAUAGAUGUUGUACUAUAACUGUAUUGGACCAUCUGUAUGAUAUCUUCUAUCUGAUCUGUCUAUUGGACCAUUGUGUUGAUGCUACUGUACUAUAGACUACACGCACUACAAUAUCACUCAAACAGGAGACGUCCGGGUUGGUUGUGGCACUCGCAGACGCUUCAGUGCCUCUAGUUGUUGUCACCUGAUAGUAACUGUCUAAAAAUCAAAGUGUAUAGUUGAACCUUUUUCAUCUUAGCACAACAUGAAAAAAAUGGGCAACCCGAGCUGCCUGAGCUGUCCCCAGCUGAUUGUAGACCACUCAGAAAUUGGCCACCUCAGUGCCAGAACCAACCCACGUCACGCCGGACGGCUGCCGGCCCAGCUCUCGCCCAGAACUCUAUAUCUGAAAGUUGAGCCACUGAAUUUACUGGAAGCCUCGAGUAGUAUCGAUAACAUCUACAAGCUCUUUAAACUUUUAUUUUUAAAAAUGAGCUUUUGAUUCCCAUCACACUCCACUGUGGUCUCUGUCACGUCUUAAUCUGUACCAGAAACCUGAAUUAGUCUGUGCAUGUGCGUACGAGUUCCUAUUACCUUUAUGUUUAAAAGUACUCAUUAGGUGUGUUAUGUAGAAAUAGUUCUGUUUGUUGUGGGUGCAGUAAAUGUAGGUCGAAUUUCAACCAAAUGCUGUGAGUUGAAUCUUGAAACGAAAGAUUAGUUUUGCACUAAACUAAUACAGUUAAGUCGUUAGUACAGCUUAAUCUGUUCAAACAGUUUCAGUUAAAUCAUCAUCUUACAAAUGUCACAAUAUAAACAAUUUUCCAGAGCCAAAAGUGAUUAACAAUAAAUGCGCCCCAAAAAUGCCUCUCUAAUUUUUAGUUGCACAAAAAGACAUAAAGUCAAAUGUCAGGGUUUCAAAAUCACAGUAUCAGCUUUUGAAUUACAUUAAUAUUUGUUAUAACCAAAACCAAAACCAGUGGUGGUAUUAUAACCUGUAGCUUUUCCACAGUGGAACGUGAUGGGAAGGGUGAGAGGAGAGCAAAUGGCGACAGUGGUCAUGAGCUGGUUUCAAACCAAUGAUGUCGCAAGAACUUGGGAUGUGCCUUAGCCCACUGCGCUACAAGGGCACCACAAGAAAGGAGAUUUCAGUUUUAAAUUACCUCCAGAAUCUUUUUUUCUCCUCAAUUUUGGAAAGUGCAACCAAAUAUUCAGAGGCUUAAAAAAAAAGAAAAAAAACAGCCAGAAGCCAUCAGUGAUCCACCUGAGCUGGAUGUAAGGUUCUGGGCAAGUCAGUGUAUUUCUGUACUGCUGUUGUUUCUCUAUGGACUGUACUGUGAUACUGCCUUAGGAAUCUAACAUCAUAAUACCACAAUACUACUCACAGAGAGGAGGAGGGGAGGGAAGGAAACAUGAGAUGUCUUAAAUGUAGGUAAAUGUAUGUUUAUCUUGUUUAUAGAGGUGAAAGGGGCGGAAUUAUUGUCUGGUUUACAAAAUUGCAGAAAAUUGACUCUUUUAAUUCCAACUAAAAAAAUGAAACCCAAAAAAUAUAAAAUUCAGUAAAUAUUUAUAAAACUGUUUUUUUUUCUUGGUGAAUGACUAAUUUGAAAUUGCAGCGUGGGUCAGAUUUAUUAAUAAUGAUCCAAAACUAGACAGAAGUUAGAAAAAAACAACUGAAUGAAAGUCACUUUAUGAUGUCAUGGAGCUCCGUGUGUAUGCGCACUGCUGAGAGGAUGAAUGCAGAGACUUUGUGAGCUUUGCAGUUUGCAUUAUAAAGCAGUCAGUUAUUUACCUGCCUGCGAACCUCAGCACAAAACAGUUUUGUUCACAACUUCUAGAUCUCCACCUGCACCAAUUGCGUACACAUCGUAACGUCUCCCCCUCCAAAAAAUGCAACAUUCCUUGUGAGAUUUGUCAAAGCCCCACAAGGAAUAGGUACAAAAUAAAGCAUACAAACAGUUAAUUAACCGUUUGCAGUUAAUUAAAACUCAGAUUGUUAAUAAAUCUGGCCCUAAUUGAUUUAUCAUUUGGGAACUGCAGUGUUGUAUACUUGUGCUCAGAGGUAAUCUGAAUGCACCUCUUGGACAAAUAGGUGGGAAAAACGAUCUCAUUUGUAAAACACUUUUGUACCAGUACAGUUAUAUUGUGUCACUGUAGCGCUGAUUGUCAUAUCAGUAACAGACUUAACGAGUCUGUGCAUUUUGCCAACCGUCUUUCAGCUCUGCUAACAAACCCGACCGCUGUAACACUGGAUCUAAACGCAUCCACCUGUUGUGUCUUUGCUCGUGGGAGAGUGUGUGUAUGUGUGUGUAAAUGUCGUUUAUGGUAACAGGGUUUCGUGUGUAUGUGUGUCUGCGCAUGUAAAAAUGAAAGAGCAAAUACAUGGAAAGAAAAUCUGCCAAAUGUUGUGGGAUGAAGAGGAGGGGGAGGUUAAAAAAGAAAAGGAACGCUUUGGUUAAGAUGAGGAGGGGAGGAGAGGUGUGUUCAAGAGGACAAUCACUCCCUUAACCCCAGCUGAACAUUUAGAGGACUGCUCGGAGAGGGAACUGAAUCCUAAAUGUUCCCUUGAUGCCUCACUUUGCUUCUUCUUCCUUUACAUCCUCCAAACCUGCGCAAACCCCUGCAGUGCCAGUUCUUCUGUCCGUGUUGCUAGUUUUUAAACCUUAGCCUUGCCGUGUGCGUGUUCGUUAGAUGGUUAAACUGUACUUUCACUGUUUCUGCUGUCACUGCUUUGUCACGCCGCUGUUCCCUGUUCUCAACGUGCCUCAGUGUCCAUGUUGUUGCUGUCUGUCCUGCUCACGCUGCUUUCAGUAAGUCCAACUGCUUCAGAUUCCUCCGUUGAAUUUUGACUUGGUUAAAAAAACAAAAGACGCAGGUUUGGUCUCUGGCUGCUUGUUCAUGGUAACUGUACAGGGGUUGAAUUUUGUAGGCAGCAGGUGUUGCUAAUCUUUUGAGGUUUUUAGAGUUUUGAGGGGGUUUUGUUCACUGAAUCUGGUUAUUAUCAUUAAAAACUAAUUGCUAGAUUUUAGAUUUUUUUUAAAAAUGUUAGUUUGUGUUGAAAUACACCAUUUUAUGUGUUUUAGAUGGAGGGGUGAUGUAGCCAGUGAAGUCUCGAGUUUAUUGAAUUUAACUGACAUGAGACCAAACUGGAGGCUCAGACCAUCCAAAACAUUGAGGUUUACACCUGCUACUGACAUGCUUCUGUUUGUGGACCGUGUGUCACGUUUUUAAAGUUAACUGCAGAUCAGACGGCCGGUGAGGUUUCUGAAUGUUUCACUGAAGUGAAACCCUGUGUGAUUGGAUCCUUUGCCUCUCUGGCUUACGUGGUCAUGUGACUCAUUCCUGCGUGGCUAUCCAUGCUCUCCCGUCCUCACACCCCAGCCUCCCCUCGUCCGUCUCUGUUUAGUUAUGAAUUGGCUGCCAUUAAAAACUGCAACAGCCCACCUGCUUGUGCCACAGUGGUCCUCUCCUCCUCUACAUCCACAGGUUCAACUCCACCAUCUUUUUUUUUUCCUUCUGUUCUCGGCGGCCAAAACAAAAUGAGGAAAUGUAAUAAUCAUUGUUUGGUAACUGUUUUUAGUGCUAUGUUUUUGGAGCGUUACGAGUAUUUUCUAACAUGUUACAAUAAAAGAUUGUAGUGUACAAAUUCACAUUUAUAAAUAUAUAUAUAUAUAUAGAUAUAUAUGAGAAAUGUAUGUUCUAAUGCAAUAAAGAGAGAUUAAGAAUUA